AUGCGUUCUCAUUAUCAGGAGAGAACAGCAACCGAACUAUAUCAUCAGUUGAGCUCAACUGUACAACAGCCAAAGGAAAACCCUCAAGAAUUCUUGAUCCGCCUUCUCGAUUUGAAACAGAAGAUCUUGUUUGCAUCUCAAGAAACUGACUCGGACCUGAAAUAUGAUCCUACCUUAGUACAUGGCAUGUUUGUCCAUAGCUUUUCCCUUGGCCUGCAAAGUGAGAAUAUCAAGAUCGAAAUGAAGCCUUACUUGGAAAAGAAAUUUAUAAGCGAUGAAGAACUAUUCGAGAAAUUAAAUGUGUGUUUCAGUGACGAACUGGAGCGAUCACAGAAAUUCGGUUCACAGCUAACCCCCCAAGGUAAAUGCUGUUCAAAAGGGAGGGGACAAGCAGGAGACAAAGAAUAAUGGGGUGGAGGAAGGUCUCAUGAAAGAACUAAGGAGCUCAAGGCAGAAGUGGCCGCAGUCAAAAGAGAGUUCGGGCCCCACUCCGGGCUCAAACCCCCCUCACACAACAGCCUAUGAGACAACCCCACUGUGUAGGACCUGCCAACAAAGUGGGAAUGGAUGGCCGUGCAACCAUUGCUUCAGGUGUGGGGGCGAGGGCCAUUAUGUACGCGAGUGUAAUGCCCAAUUCAGCCGACGCUCUCCGGCAGAAUCUCAGGGAAUGGCCAGAGGUCACGCCCAUGGGACAGGGUGUGACCAGGCAAGAAAAUCAGUCCCGUUACGUGCAGUGUGGAAAACAAAGCACAGACCAUGUACCACUUAACCGCUGCGGAGCCUGUAAGAUCAAUAGAUAUUAUUCAAAAGAAUGUCAAGUAAAAUACAGAACUGUGCAUAAACCAGUUUGCAUGGCUAUACAGGAACUUGAGAAACAGAAAGCAGCCGGAGAUGAUGGCGAUGAUUUGAACACGACGUUUCUCUGCCACCUGACGCCAAGGCAGCAGCUCGGACUGACAAAAAUCGUGGGACGGAGGUGCGUGGUAAAAUGCCUAAUUCAAGGAAAGGAAGUGGAGGCAUUAUGGGAUACAGGUUCCCAGGUUUGUGUUGUGUCAAGGAAGUGGCAACAAACUCACUUACCGCUGGAGGUGUUAAGAAAUGUUGAAGAGUUGUUGGGAGCAGGAGAAGAGUUGAAUUUGGAAGCGAUGAAUGGGACAAACAUUCCAUUUGACGGUUGGAUUGAGGUCGGGUUUAAGUUGGCUGGAGAUGAUACAACUGCUCAUGAGCUGACAGUUCCAGUACUGGUGGGACAAAAGGAACAAGAGUACCCAAUCAUUGGCUUCAAUGUUAUAGAAGAAGUCCUCGCUCAACAUGGUGGAAACCACCAAGCGGCAAGUAACAUCAUUCAGCAGUCAUUCCUUCAAUUCAUCAUACUCGCGUAG